AAGCGCCCAAACCCUCUCUCUUCAUCGUUCUCCCUUUUGUUCGAUCCCGGUCUUUCUAGUCUCUAUUUUGCGAGUUCUCUACGACCGAAGCUUCCUCAUCCCCGUCGGCAUGGGAAUCAAGGUUAGGGUUUUGUUUUUCCUCUGUCCCUGUAGUUGUCUCUUAGCUUCUUCCCCGCGUGAUGGGGUCCCCCGUCUCCUGCUCUUUACCUGCUGGACGAAGCUCCUCGCGGACAACGCCCCCAAGGCCAUGAAGGACCAGAAGUUCGAGAGCUGUUUCGGCCGGAAGAUCGCGGUCAGUGCCACUUUCUGUUUUUGUCAUGCCAGUUAUGUAUUUGAUGGUCAGCCACCGGAAUUGAAGAAACAAGAACUUGCCAAAAGAUACUCAAAGAGAGAAGAUGCUACCGAGGAUCUGAAUGCAGCAAUCGAGGUGAUGAUUCCUACUGCUGCAGGCUGGUGACACAGGGAAUUGAAAAGUAUAGCAAAAGGACAGUGAAGGUAGUUUUUGAUGUUUCUAAUUUGCAGUACAUUAUAUGCCUUGAAGGUCCAGAAUCAAAGUGCAUGUGAGGCCCAAUAUUAUGGUGGCUCUGCGUUAUGACGUGCCCUUUAGUUCUAUUCACGGGUAGGAUUUUCCUAUUCGAGUAUUUUACCUAUCCAGUAUUAGGUCGGAUUUGAUAUCAAUUUUCAUGAUUAGAUUCACUGAGAUAACUUUACAUAUCUAUUGAAAUUGAGUCACUGACCCAAAAUGCUUAAGCCCAAUAUAAUAGUAAUACACUUAUCUGAUUCUUAUAAAUCAAUUCAUAAUUUUAUGUAUUCUUAUGUGGAAUUAAACUUAGAAUGUUAUAGUAUUUCCUUUGCUCAAGCUUACCAUAGAGUUUCCAACACAUAUCUUGAGUAUAUCUUGGUUUUGAGCAAUAGUCAUGUCACAAUUUUCUUUUUUCGUCCAUGGAUGGUUUCCUUGUAGCAUGCAAAAAAAAUUUUGAGAUUGCCAAGGUUAAGUUUUCUCAGAUUGAAUUCUUAUACAGACGAGCUUAACUUCCUACCUUCUUCUUCACGAACUAAGAAAAAUAUUUCUUUAAUAGAUGGGAGAAGGCCUCUGCCCAGGACUCUUUCACAAUCUUCAUUAAACUUGGGAUUAAGGCUCAACCAGAAAAUUAAAAAUUCAUGUUCAUUCAAUCAUAUCUUUAAGCUUCUUUAUUUCAUUUUGAUACCCAGACAGAGAUCUAGUCCUAACCAAAGUCCCUUCAGAAUAACAUAGUAGUUGGUAACUGGUUAGUUACCUUAUUUAGUGGACAAUCUGCCUCUUCAAUUCAUAUUAUUGGUUAGCAGCACACUUCUUGGAGUAGGUUUAUGUGACUGCAUCCCAUAUGUCCUUUCUAUUUUCCAGCAGGAGAUUGUCUUGCUAAUCUCAUGUUGCAUGAAGUGCAAUAGCCAGGACAUCACCAUUGAACUUUUACAUCUGAGAUUUCAAAUUUUGGAUCAGAUGUCUCUGGUGCAGAAGAAGUGCCAAGAGAAUAACUCCAUUUAAUUCGAAAGUAUUUAUUUGUACGGUGGUAUUUUCAGAUGACUACGUGUCCUGGAUUUGGUGUCGAGUUGGUUGAGGUGACUAUUUUUUAUGUUGCAAAGAUGCUUAAAAGAUUGGAGAU